UAACCAUAUCCGCCAGAUAUCGACAUCGAUCGACUCUACUAACCGCGCCCGUGUAAUUCGACUGGCACCGUCUUCUCCAGUUCCUGCUCUGCUCUGCCACAAUCAUCAUGACCGAGACGGCUACAUCUUGUCACCACGGUACUGAUUCUCUCAUCUGAAACCUUGUCCACUCUUUGCGCUACCUACCCCCUCGUUCUCUCUGACCUCACACCCAUUCAUCACACCGUCCCUCGUUCAACAUGCAUUCCUUUGCCUCUGCCUUUCGCCAUCGAAGCAAUUCUGCUCCACCACUGAGCCACUUCAGCCGUCAUUCAGUCGCUGACCCUAUGCCAGACCGAGAUGAUCGUCCUGAGAGGACUGGUCGCCGACGACCCUUCUCGUCGCUGAUGAAAAAGCUGAAGAGCAUGAAGCCCGGCGAUGCUGUUCGACAUGCCAGCUCCAAGCGAAACAACGUCAAGAAACAGACCGACAACAACCCAUACGCAGCCGUUGGCCGCUCCAACUCGGACCACAUCCAGAUCGCCCUGACCCCGCCGCCGACCAGUCAUUAUUCGCUAUCUUCGACAAGAAGCGCGAGAACAUCGAGCACAACAUCUAAUGAACCUUCCGACGAGUCUGUCAGGUUGUCCGCCGACGGCCGCCCACCCCCAACCAUGGGCGGUCGAUCGACUAUAGCUCCAACUGUCGUCACCGAUCACGAGACCUCGUGUUCUAUGGCCGCGCCGUCCUACGGGGCCUCCUCGGUCACUGGCACAACUCGCACCGUAAAUAUCGACUCCCGUCGGGGAAAUGAUAGCACCUUUUCGUCCCCCGCGCCGUCUGUCCGCUCCUUGACUACAACCCUGACGACAAUACAAUCUUUGAUGCCCAAUGGCGCCGCUGCGAUGCACACCAACAACAGCAACCAGAACAGCACCAAUACGUCCAACAGCCCUAAUCACCACCAUCACAACCAUCAUUCUCAGCACUCCAACUCACAAGUCAUCCACUUCAACCAACCUUUCCCAACGACGGCCACUCCCGUCUCCGCCAUUCCAGCCCAUCUUGCGCCCUCGGGUCAGGGUGGAAACUCGCCUUUCUACCCAACAACGUACCAUACCGCCACGGCGAACAACCUGCUGACCGACAACGCCUCCAUCCUAACCCUCGCAUCCUCCUCCAAGCGCCGCCGUCGCCGCUCCUUCGACACUGACGCCUCGGUUCGUGCUCUCGCGCCCUCUUCUCUCUUCGGAGGCAGUCGCGAGUCUCUUCCUCUCAGCGUCCUCAGUUCCAACAUGGAAGGUGGUACAAGUGGGGGCAUUACCGGCGCCACUACGCCCGGUGGCUUAUACCGCGGACCCAACGGCUUGGCCAACGAUCGCACAAGCAUUUACUCCUCUACUACAGGAAUCCUAGCCAGCGACAGGAACAGCUUCUACGCAAAGCAGGCCAUCGGCGGGCCGGGUGCUGGAGGAGACGCAGCUAGUGUGAGGAGCGGGCUGCUGGGGCAUGGAAGGGCGGAGAGUAUCAGUGGCAGUAUCGGUGGGGGAUUUACUUCUGCGCCGAUGAACGGGAGCUUGGUUGGGCUCACGGCUGCGGCGUCGCCUAGUCCAUUGGCUAGUCCGAGGGACAGGGACAGGGAAAGGAGAAUUAGUGGCGGGGUUGGUAAUGUGGAUGAGGAUGUUGAAGGGGAGGAGAGGGCAUGAUGGAGUCUGGGCUGUACGGGUGACGAGGAUCAAUGGAAUGAAUAAUGGUAAAUACGCUGAGGAAUUGGGACAGGACAGGAACAUACUAAUGGCAUGGUGUUCUGGGACGGAAACAGGGUAAUGGGU